AUGGAGGUCGAGGAGGAUAACUCGGGCAUUCUGGUUGAAACUCUACCGUUGCUCGGCGUUUGUAACCUUUGCUUGAGCGAUGGUGUUGUUAAAAGUAUGUUAAUCAAACAGGAGCACGACGGGAUCGCAGAAACUUACAUCGAAAUGCUUCUGAAGUGUUUCUCCAUAGAUGUGCUUACUGUGGACCUUGAGGAUACGAAAAGGCUUAUAUGCAACAGAUGCAUCAGCAAGCUUAAUGACUCGAUUCAGUUUAGACAGAUGGUGGCUGUCUCCUUAAAAACCUUGGAGGAAACGGUAAAGCAACAAGAGCAAAAACGAUUGGCACUCAAGAAUGUGAAGAAGGAAUUAGCCAUAGAGGACCUACUACUAAUUGAUUGUGAUGACUCUGAUAAUAAUCAUGUGGUUACAGAUGAGGAAGGUCCUUUGAGAGACGUGAAGGAGGAAGUGGCCGUUGCAGACCUGAUGUGGCGUGAUCGCCAUGUUGCAGAUAAACCCGCCGAUAGAAUAGAGGUGGCUGAAGCCUGUGACAUUAAGCAGGAGUUUCGCGAUGUAGAAGAUGUUGCGGACGUAGCUGACGAGCUCCUAAAUGGCGAGGACCUGGAGGACUACCAGCCAAAGAGGACGCGUAGAAAAACGCCGGCAGGCAACAAGAAGAGAGUCACGUACUCGGUGAAGAAGAAGACGGACACGUCCGAGACGGAGAGGAUGCUGCAAGCCGGUCUGUUCCCAUUCAAGAUGUACAAGGACAGGACGUACUCGUGCGUGAUAUGCCCCGAGAGAUCUGGCAGCUUGGACGAGAUAAAGGCCCACGUGGGCGUGCACAGCGUGCCCCACCUGCACCACGCGUUCAAAAAGCUCACCGGCUCGAAGCUACAGCGCUUCGCGAAGGCGUCCGACAAACUCCGCUGCAAGCUCUGCAAGACGGACCUCGGCGACUACGAGCAGCUGCUGAAACACCUGGACUGCUGCUCCCGCCUGGCCAACCGCUGGAGCGGGCUCCCGUUCAAGCUGGAGAAGGGGCAGCUCGACUGCCCCGUGUGCGGGCGCAGCUUCCUCAACUUCGUGAACCUGAACACCCACAUGAACGUCCACUACCCGAACCACGUGUGCGACAGCUGCGGCAAGAGCUUCGCGAGCCAGGCCCGCCUCAGGGGCCACAUGAGGACCCACGAGCUGGGCGCGUUCCCCUGCCGCUACUGCGGCGCCGUCUUCGACAGGGUGACGAAGCGCGAGAACCACGUGUCCAAGGAGCACAAGGCGGGCUUCCGCUACGCCUGCAAGAGAUGCAACAUAUCGCUCUCCUCGUUCUACACGCGCCAGAAGCACCUAGCGGAGGUGCACAACGAGGAGCUGAAGCGCUACAAGUGCAACGCGUGCACGCAGAGCUACAUAACCCCUGGCCACCUCUCCAGCCACGUGAGGCGCGACCACCUCAACGAGAGGAACCACCGCUGCGACAAGUGCGACCUCGCGUUCUACACCCGCAACGCCCUGAAGAUGCACAUGAUCAGGCACGACGGCGAGCGGAUCCACUCGUGCCACGUCUGCCACAAGUCCUACCAGCGGCUGAAGACGUUGCGCGAGCACCUGCGCAUACACAACAACGACAAGCGGUUCGUGUGCCCAGUGUGCGGGCGAGCGUUCACCCAGAAGUGCACCCUCAAAGGGCAUCUGAAGGUACACGAUCGACGCCCCGACGGCGAGGCGGACUGCCCCCGCUCGGUGGUGAUAUGCCGCUUCGAGCCGACCAAGGAA